AUGGUUGUUCUUGAGAAGUGUAUAAUCAAAAGUCAUAUUAAUAUUACUUCUGUAGGAGGAGCUAAGGCAUUCCAAUUAUCCUUCAAACUUAAAUUUGCUACUGUGAUAAGUGAUUAUGGAUUUCAAGUUGGUAAUACUAAUGUCAUAUUUCAAUCCUAG